GUACAAGUAUCCGCUGACACGCAAGCACACUCACUGUACAGAGCCCCAUGCCCUGAACGUGUCACUGGCCCACACGAGCACCAGUCUCCUCCGCACGUCCCGCCUCUCUGUUGUCUGCUGGUGAUGGGAGCGGACCGUUCGGCACCGACGGCAGGUCGUUCAACAGCUGCUCCACCCUGCUCAACACAUAAACAGCACAUAGACAGGCUCAUGAGUACGCACACACACGGUAGGUAUGUGAGCAUGUGCACGUACCUCUGCUGUUUGUUGUCUGGCGCUUCCUGCCUUUGCGCGGCCUUGUCUUUGUGUUUGUCUUGAAUGGAUAGCUCGGCGAGCAGAUCGGCAUACUCUGACUCGAGCGCAUCGUCAGUCGCCUACAAGGACACCCACACACCCACACGGACACAUGCGAACGAUCGAUGUGCCUGCAUGCAUCUCUGACUCACUCACCCCAGCUGCAGCGAGCCGUGCGUCGGUUCCUGCCGAGAAGGCCGCACUCACCUCAGCCAAAUCGUCCUAUCGUAAUGCGCAGACACAGGUGAGACGCGUCCAGAUCGACCGACAGACACGAAUGUCCAUACCUGUACAUCUGCAGCGUUGUCCAUGGCAGUCAUGACGCGAUCGCGGUCACUGACGGUGGAAAAACAGACCGAUAGACAUACAGGCGAAUACAUGUGGUGACACCUGCACGUACGUCGCAGUCACUCACAUGGUGCUUGCAGUGGCUUGUGUGGUCGUCUCCAGCAUGGCCGUCACGGUGCUCAGCGACACCGCGGCAUCACGCUGCAACAUGCACUGAGACACCUGCACACACACACAGCAACAGGAGUGCUACGUAUGUGGGACGGGAAUGCGAUCAUUUAUGUGUGUGAGUGAGGUGUGGGAACAGUACGGUGAGCAGUUGAUUUUUGAUUUUGGUCAGUUCCGCUGCGAUCAUGUUGCGACGCUUCAACUCGACCAGGGCCACUGCAUGACACUCAUACGUGCCGCAUGUGCCGCAUGGAUGUAAGCAGACACAUAUGGAAGCGUUGCGUACGCUGCUUGUCGUAUUUGAGCAGCCUGCGGCAGUUGGCGUCCACCUCAGUCCACCUGACACCCACAAUGAAACCAUAUACACGCGAUAUGCCCCGUUGCGGAUCAUGUGAUAACAUAUCGUUGUGAGGCGAUACUUGUUGAGCAGCUUCUUCUCCCUCUGUUUGAGUUUGUCCUCGACGUAUCGCUCGAUCAGGAGAGCACGGCCGUGGUCACUCAGCGACAUCGUUGCUGCCUGCACACGAACGAAGGUGCAAAUACGUAUCACCCGAAUUCCCUCCUUAACGGCCCAUACGUUGUCGGCUCACUUUGUGCUUGUCUGAGCUUGUGUGCAGGGCGACUUUGACAGCCUGACCACACACAGAAGACGUGCACAAAAUGUGCUUUCAUCUGUGAAGUUGCAAGUGCUCACAUCGAUGACGGCUCCCUGUCCAGCACUGACACGCACAGCAAGGCUGCUCCUGGAAACAUACGCAUUCAUUCGUUCGUUCAUUCCCGUAUGGACGGCGAUUCGCGAUGGUGCGUACUUGUACUUGACGAGGUACCACACGAAGAUCUCCAAAUGCUCGGCCAUGGUGCACGUGCUGUUCUGACGAUCGCUGCCCACUCCCUGCACACACAUAUACACAUGCAUCCCCUCGUGUGUGACACAUUCAUGUAUACACACAUCGAUACGUACAUGGUGUGUGAGGAACUUGCGUAUGUCGUCGCGUGAGAGCAGGAUGGCUUUGCCCUCGCCGUCCGUCAGCAGAGAGUCCGACCACUCGCAGCAACGGUCCUGUGCGCCACAACACAACACAACAACAACACAACACAACGCAACGCAAUACAUACGCGCGCAUCAUAUUUUGGUGCGUAUGGAUGGGUGGGUGCAUUGCCUACCGUGGAGGCGAGUAGGUCUGCUUCGAGCCCCUGAGCAAGCUCCUGCGCACACGACAAAUACACGCAUACACAAUGGACAGUACGCGCCCAGUAUCUCUCUCUGCUACUCAUGAUUACGACUUGCAUAUACCUCAAGCACACUGAUGACCACCAUCCGCUCACUUUCGUCCACCGUGACACGGCUAUCCCGGCUCGUAUGGCCACUCUGUAGGUAUGCAAGAAUGUACAACACACAAUAUGUGCAGAUAUCAAUCGCACGUGUGCCCAUGCGUACCACGUAUGAAGCAGCAGCGGUGAUAAUGCCAAGUCCUCCGAAGACAACGUGACUCGUCACACCUGGUGAAGAUGCGCACAUCAGCCCUCCCUCCCUCCCUCCCUCCCUCCCCUCUGCGUGCAAAGAUGUCCACAAACAUACCAGCGAUCGAGCGCAUCAGCGACGGCUGAGGCGCUGCAUCUCCCGGCUGCCAGUGCUUGGGUUGCUGCACAUACACGUAUUGCGCGCAAUCAUGGCGAUCGCAUAAAUGAAUGAACGAAUGUGUGGUGCAUGUAUGGGCACCGAUUCGGGCAAGGCGGUUGACAUGGGUACGAUGCUCCUAUCCCGACAGAGGCGCGCCAAGAGAGCCGGCAGGCCUGGCGGUGGUGUGCAUACGCAUCUGCACCCUGCCUCAAGUAUGUGCUUAGAUGUCUGCUUACCCUGCGGCACGAUGGGGAACUUCUCUCUGUGCUGUUUAAACAGCUGCACCAGCUGCUUGGCAGAUAUUGCCAGAGAGGACCUGCACGCGCCAUGCAAAGCACCACGCCACACAAAAAGAUGGGCGCACGUGAUUGUUAAAGGGUCGUCUGCGUACUUGCAUUUGACCACGCUCUCCACGCCGCGCUGCCAAUACGCCACCAUUGCCUGCUCGUGGGGCUUUGGACACCAACCACAAAGACACAUACGCACACAUGCACUCAUGGCCGAACGCAUUCAUGUACAGAUCUGCCAUGCCGGCUUCACCGAAGUGCAAGCAGGCGCACCUUGUCAUUGAACGUGCCGAAUAUUUCCUGCAGGUGCGAUGGCUCGUCGCAGCCAAAGGCGCCGUACACAUCAUCCAUCGACGUGGGCUGUCUGCGCGAGGAGGAAGAAUCCAUGUGCUGAAUCGGAGCCUUGAGGACGUCUCGUCCGGUGGCGUAGGAUCCCCCGAGCGGCUCGCGUGAGCGGUGAGGACUCCAUCGGGAGUGCGCACCGCCGGG